AUGGCUCAAGCACAGCAGCUAGCGACCGCGACAUCAACGAGAAACAAACGAAGCUUUGAUCCGCCUCCGCUCUAUGCAUACUCGACUUCCGCCAUCGACAUCCUCGAAGACUGCGCGUCGUCAGCAUACAAGGCAUUUCUCAAGGAGUACCCCGAGUACCAGCUCACAUGGAUGCUUGACGCACUCCGAAGGAGCGAUUUCUCGAGACUUGAUCGCAACGGGGAGACAUACGUCGACUACAUGGGCGGCUCUCUCUACCCUGAGAGCCUGAUCCGCGUCCACACUGGCUUCCUGCAUCGCAACAUUCUUGGAAACACGCACUCCGUUAGUAACUCGUCAAAAUUGUCCUCAGCAUGUGCAAACGAAGCACGCGAGGCUGUUCUCUCGUUCUUCCGCGCACCACCAGGAUACACCGUUGUCUUUACCGCAAAUGCCACCGGAGCUCUCAAGCUCAUUGGCGAAUCCUUCCCGUUCAGCGAGGACAGUUGCUUCGUGCUCGGAGCGGACUCGCACAACAGCGUUCAUGGCAUCCGGCAGUUUGCCUUGCAACGAGGAGCGCAGAUCUGCUACAUCGACUCGACUGACCAUGGAGGCCUCGAAGUUUCUGAAGCUAAGUCGGUCCUCUCCCGGAAUCGGCCAAAGAACAAGCACGCAUCUCCCUGUCUCUUCGCCCUCACCGGCCAAUCGAACAUCUCCAAUUCCAAAAACUCGCUCUCGCUCAUCAAAUAUGCGUCCUCGCAGGGCUACUACACAUUGCUCGACGCAGCCGCCCUCGCGCCCACGUCGGUGAUCUCACUCGCGGAGACGCCAGUGGAUGCGAUGGCGAUCAGCUUCUAUAAGAUGUUCGGAUUCCCGACAGGUGUGGGUGCGCUCGUGGUAAAGGAGGAGUUCCUCGCGCGGCUCGAGCGGCCAUGGUUCGCGGGUGGGACGGUGGACGUCGUGCAAGCACCGGGCACGAUCGUCACGAUGACGUCGGAACUGCACGAGCGAUUUGAGGAUGGGACGAUCAACUAUCUUAACCUGCCCGCAAUCACGGAUGGCCUGCGGUUCUUGUCGGCGUAUCUGCCUUUCCUGCCGCUACGGCUAUCGACGCUCAUGCACUACCUCGUCGACUCGCUCUCCGCGCUCACGCACGACACAGAGGGCACGCCUGUCGUACGCAUCCUCUCGCGAACACCGACACGGCGGCUCAAAGCCGUCGGCGAGCAGUCGGACACGGGCUCCGUCGUAUCGCUCAUCUUCCUCUUCCCAUACGGCGCGAUGAUGCCAAACACUUUCAUCGAGUACGCGGCAUCAAGCCAGAAUGUCUCCCUGCGGACAGGGUGCAUGUGCAACCCUGGAGGCGCGGCGGCGAUCCUCGGGCUACGAGACGCGAUGGCGGCGCUACCGACGGAUGUGACGCUCUCAGCGUUCGAACAGCACAUGGGCCACGAGCUCGGUGUCGUGCGCAUCAGCCUCGGACUCGCAAGCGACUUCCGGGACGUCUGGCGCGUCGUGCGCUUUGCAGAGAUGAUGGCGAGCUCGACUGCGCGUGCCGGACUCUGGGAGCAGUGGCUCGGGGCCAAGGGCGAGAGCCACUAAGUGAGCGGCGAGCAGUGGGACGACAUCAUGCACACACGAACUAUCGGACGGACGGACGGACGGAUGGAUGAAAAGCCUAUGUUUAUUCUGGCUGGAUUUGUAUUCCUAUGUGUACUCUGCAUGUAUCUUGCGCUGCGUGUAUUGUCCCCC